AGCUUCAAGAGGGACUAGUCAGCAUCCAGUUAAAUGUUCAAAUAGAAAGGUGCCUGGGAAUGUUAAAUAAUAACAAGGUCAUGUGAGAUAUUUUUUGGGGGUAGGGGUGGGAGUGAGGCUGUCAGCUGAAAGUUUAUUUGCUCAUGGAAGCACUUAGCCAGGUUUUGUUUUAGUGGGAUUAUGUGUUCUUUAGCUUUUGAAAAGCAAAACGGGUGGUCUCCUCUUUCUCCCUCUGCCUCUUUCCAGCCCCCCUCCUUUUUUGCCAUCCAAUUUCGAUGUUAAUUCUUCAUCAUUGUUUGCAUGGACCUCUGCUGAGAGCAGUUACGGAGGCUAAUUUUUCCAUCUGUCCUGCUUGGGCCAGUGACUGGGGAAGCAUGGUUGCUGUUACCUCCUUCAGGGCAUUGAUCAGUGGAGCGUUAAGCUUUUAAUUGAGGUGUAAGUGUAUCAGCUCAAGGGGGAGGUAGUGGCCGGUGGUGUAGUACAGGCUGGCUGUAGCACAGCGCAGAGCUUUCAAAGAGGCAAGAGCUCUUUUGCACUCACCAGUGUUUGGGCAAAUACGAAGAAGUAGCCAGCUCUGGAGAGACGCCAGCUCCAUCGCUAUGAUUCUAGGUCCAGCUAAUCACAACAGCUCCCUCUUAGCCUCGCUUCCCAUCCCAGGACGGUCUUUACAUCCAUCACUGGAUAUCAAGCAUUUUCUGACUUUCCGCCUCAAUGGCACACCUCCACUCAACCUCUUUCCUAAUUUCAAUACGAUGGAUCCAGUACAAAAGGCAGUAAUCAACCAUACCUUUGGUGUACCCAAUCCACUUAAGAAGAAGCAGUUCAUCUCUUGUAAUAUUUGUCAUCUGAGAUUCAACUCUGCGAAUCAAGCUGAGGCACAUUACAGAGGCCACAAGCAUGCCCGGAGACUCAAAGCCAUUGAAGCAGUGAAAAAUAAGCACAAGACAGCUGACAAUAGCAGCAGCAGCCAAGAAAAAAUGGCUAACUUUGAAGCUGCACUAGAUAUCAGCAGAGACACCACCACCAACAGCAGCAGAGCACAACCCAGUAGCUUGCUAGGAUUGAGCCAACCAAUGGGAGAACAUUGCAACCUCCUGCUGAUGUCCCCGACAGAGGAAUCACCAGCCAAGAUGACUGGCGUCCUGUCCCUGGUGUCCCCAUCAGUUUCAGAGCCCUUGGAAGUUGCUUCAGAUAGUGCAAGUGUGAGACCAGCAGCAGCAGCUGGUAUGGAGGUGCCAACAACUGAAUCUGGAGGAACCGCCGGCUCAGCAGCAGAGGUGGAGAAAGAGGGAAAGAAAAUCAAGCAGCACUUGUACUGUCCCACUUGCAAAGUAACAGUUAACUCUGCCUCUCAGUUGGAGGCUCAUAAUUCUGGAGCAAAGCACAAAUUGAUGCUGGAAGGGCAGACUGUUUUGCCAAGGCGAAGCCGAGGGAAGGUUCUCUCUCGAGUAGGACACAAGUCCAAACGGAUUGGCAGCAAGGGCAGCCUCAACAUUCAGAACAAGGCCUUCCAAUGCCAGGUGUGCGAGAUCUUUGUCAACUCUGAGACACAACUCAAACAGCAUAUGAGCAGUAGACGUCACAAAGACAGGCUUGCAGGGAAGCCACCAAAGCCCAAAUACAGCCCGUACAGCAAACUGCAGAAGAAUACUGCCCUGGCAGUGAGUAUUCUCAAGUCCAAAGUGGCUCUGCAGAAGCAUCUUACGAAGACCUUGGCUGCCCGGUUCCUGCCAAGUCCCCUGGCACCCGCCACUGUGUGUACUUUGCCCAGCCCAUUAACUCUCCGACCAGCUGCUGCUACCCUCUUCCAAGCACCCAUCUUUGGACCAGCGCUUUUUCGAUCUCCCCCAGGCUCUGUGCGAGCAGCUACAGGGCCCAUUGUUUUUGCCCCUUACUAGAGAAACCCCAAAGGCUGUUUGGGUGGGGAAUUGUAGACCAUAGCUGUACAAAGAAAAUUGGGGAGGGUGGGUAAUUUUACAGGGCUGUAUUCUGAACGAAGGAAAAGCAGAAUCUUGGAACUGUUUGAAGUGGAACUUCUUUCGUUUGUUUGUUUGUUUGAGAUUUCCACUUGUGUCAUUAACUCAGUUAUACUUGGAAAUAACUUUCCUAUUGCCUGAUUCUCCCACAAUGCACCAAUCUUUCUAACUAGUAGUAUACCUAGAAGCACAAUCUCACGUAUCCAGAUAGUUAUGUGCUAAAGUCAAAAGUAUGCAUUCAAAAUAUCUGUGAACUUAAAAGUAUCUGUCACUUUAAAACUGAAUUCUAUUAAUUAGGAAUUUGUGUAAUUGGGACUCCAAAGAGGCUUCUUUUCCAAAAUGCACGUUUAUGAAAAUCAGAUUUGCAGUUCCUAAUUCAAUUUACAUUCCCCUUCCCACAAAUACAGAUUUAAGGAAAAUACUAAUGAUUGAUAAAUACUUAUUGUUCUCCUUGUAAGUUACUAAGACAUCCCUAUGUCUCAUAAAGGAACUGAAAUAGGUUUUUGAAUUGAAGGAGAGAAAGGAGAAGAGAAUAUCUAUUUAAGUGUUAAGUACAAGAGAGAGAGAGAAAAGAAAAGUGCUAUUAUGUAAGUAGAAAACUGUACGUUGACAGGUUUUUUUGUUUAUGUAUGGAAUAAGAAUGGGAUUUAAACAAAGAACGGUAUAGAGAUAGAAUUAUUUCAGAUCUUAAGUCAGCCUUUCCCAGUUGGGUGUCCUUUCAGCUGUAUUGACAAGACCCAGAAUUUUGAGCCAACCUGAGAAUUCUUGUAGUUUCAACAUAACGAAAAGUUACCCUGGUGGGGAAGAUUGUCUGGAUUGAUGGUCAUCUUUAGAGAUAUUAUGGUGUGUAUUGCCUAAGGUGAAGGAGUGAUAAGAAUAUGGGACCCUGUAGAAAAUGCACAGUAGGGUUCAUACAUAACGUGUGUCCUUGAAUAUUUGAAACUACUUCUUUCCCAAUUUCUGUUAUCAUAUUCAUGAUAGUCUAAAGGAACAAACCACUGCUGGGAUCUACUUAAACUUACUGAAUGAAGAAGAAAGACUGGAGCCAGGAUUUCCAUGGUGAUGUUUGAGGACACCUGGAUUUCAUAUUUUAGAAGCAAAAUCCAAAACAUAUAAAAGUUACUCUAUUAGAAAUAUGUUACUAAGCACUAGUUCCAAUAUAAUGCUUUUGAAUUUACUGAAUUUAUUACAAGUAUGCAUAUUGCAAUUUUGUGCAAAUGAGCUAAUAUUGCUUACUCUCAGAUAAUAUUGUAUUCUGCAAUUUUCUGGUUGGCUGAAAAAAAAAAGUACCUAGUUCAUAAAUAUCUAGGGCUAUAGUAGUGGGUCAGAGAUUGCUGCCCUAUUUCCCAUUGCAAUGCAUAGAAUGUUGCUGCUCACAAACCAAAUUCCACAAGACUGAAAGUUGGAAAAGAUGUAUACACAAUAGCCAUUCACUUCAGCAAAUGAAGCAAGCCAUGGACAAUCUUCCAAUAUUAUUAGUUAUUGGAUAUAGGAGUUUAUUUUUUCACUUGCCUAAGUUAUGGGUAUCAGUCAAAUACAAAGCAUGAACUAAAAUCUAUUGGCUGAAGCUUUCUUCAGUUUUGCUUGUAGCUGUAAUCUUAAAAUUAUUAAGAUUAUUACAGAGAAUAAUCUUAAAAGAAAUAAGGGAAUUUUUUCCAGGGCAGUUCUUUAGAUUUGGCUCAUUUUAGUGUGUGUGGGGGGGGAUGCUUAUAGUAAUGGGCUGAAUUUGUCAUUACAGUGCUCACUUGUGCAGAUUAAUCUUGAUAUUUGAAAAGAGAGAGGUUAUUUGGAGAGAUUUGGCAGAACACUUUUGCUACUCCAGGAAAGAAAAGCAGGGAAUUUUAUCUUAUGUGAGAGACCUCAACUAAGAGUUUUGAACUGUAUAACAACAGGUGACGAUUUACCAAAUGCAGGAGGAUAUUUAACUACUUGUUUAGUGGCUGGUUGGUUGUGUCAUCCUGGAAUGAAUGUUUCCUGUUACUUGGCGGAACAUUUCAAAAUAUCACUUUACUGUUUGUUGAUAUGUGGCCACAGAAGCAACAGAAUAAAUACAGGAAAAGGAGAGCAGAUUAAAAAAAAAAAAAAUUAGACAACCGCAUAUGAAAGAGUAGGUGGCUCAAGACCUUUUGAGCAAACAGUAUGAGCAAACUUUGUUGAGGAGUAACUGGCAGAUCCAGUAGGAUAUCAGAUUCAAGGUCAUGAGGUUCCAACAAUUCCUACCCACUUCCUGUUGCCAUACUUUAUCACUUCUGCCAUUCAUUUAGACUGGCAGUAGUUCUCCAAAAUCUUUCCUCAUUCCUGCAGUUCCAGAUAAUUGUAUAAGCAAGUCUUCUCUAAAUGGUGCUUUCCAGAUGUAUUGAGCCAAACUAUAUGCUGGAUGAAAAUAGAGUUUUAAGUGCUGACAUAUCUGGGGAGCAUCUUGUUGGGAAGACAUGUUUAAGCUAAUUGCACCAAAUGUUUCAUACUCCAGAUUGCUUUUCAGGAUUCUCCUUUUCCUUUGGAACUCUCAGUUCCUUAAAACCAGCCUUAACUCAAAAUCUGGAACUAUUGGACACUACAGGCAAGCCAUAGAAAAAGACCAUGAUUGUCAUGCCAUUCUUAUAAACUUCCCAGAGGUAUAUAGUCUGACCAUUAUUGAGGUUCCUCAGUGCCAGUUCUAUUAUAUCAUGCAACUAAUCACUUUAGCAAGACAUCAUGUGAAGCUAAGUUUUUUUCCCCCCUUUGAUCCAGUAUUUCAGUAAAUACAAAUCUUAUAAACCUGUCAACUGAACCAACCAUCCUAAAUACAAAGCUAACCAGUGGUCAGUAUUAUUGGAAAAAGCUGAAAUAAAACAAGCAAUUAUUGAUGGCCACAACUAAGUGAUGAAACAUUCCAAUCUAUGCAAAAUACUAAUGGAAUUAUUGUUAUUUGGUUUCCAGGCCUGUGUUAUGGUUGUUUUGUGUCCAAAAGACAAGGAUGAGAUCUGUGGCCAAAAUCUAUACAUAAAAAACAAAGGCAUUGCUGUCACAGUGAUCUUGCUGAUAUGAAAUAUUCCUUUUCAUUGUAGAACAGCAACAUUCCUUCUAUUUAUUAGAUAUGGAAAUGUGCCAGUUGGUUUAGCCUGCUGAAACAUAAGUAUUGCCAUGAGGAGCAGUGUACUACUAGCUGCCUAAAAAGUGGUUGAUUUUGAGUGCCAGGAUAACAGAGUUGAAGAGAUCUGUCCGAGAACAAGAAGAUAGUCUGUCAGUCCAUUUGCAAUGCAGCCUAGUUACCUUAAUGUGACAAUAGACACAAAAAUAUUUAUUGUUUUCGAUUUAACAUUUAUAGUUACCGGAGGUCCACUUGAAGCCAUCCAUCCUGUGUUUAAGACAAAUACUUUUCCAAGUGUGAGUCGGGAACAAUAACUACUUGUAGGAGUAAAAAUGGUUGAUGUUAUCUGAAUAGCACCCAUGAUCUCACCAAAGCAUACAACUUGCAAGUCAGCUUUGCAAGUAUGUCUAUAAGAAUGAGGAGAGCAAAGGGUGAAACAAAUAUGUGAUAUUUCAGGGGGAGAAAUUCUGAUGGAUUCAUAGGGAAAAGUGCAAGAUGGUCUAAUGUCCAAACAUUCAGCUUAAUAUAAUGUAUAUCUUUUCUUGCAAAAUUGGAUUCAUUCUUUAAAAGUGAUUGCUUUCGUCAUCUGUAGAAUAAUGUCAUAAAACUAUUUAUGCUUUUUGGUGAUUUUGUGUUGAACAGUAACUGGUUCCUAAGGCAGUUACCUUCUGGAGGAAAACAUGCAAACCCACUCAGAAUUCAACUAACACCCACAUAAAAUUGCUGUAUAUUCACCAAACCUCUGCUUCCAGCUGCUCUUAAAGCUACUUCCUAAAUACUGUACUUUCCAAUCUGAAACACUCAGUUUGUAGCUGAAAGAAAUUUUGCUAGAUUGCACUAAUUUGUUUAGCUUGCUCAUUUCAGUAUAGGUUUUGCAAAUAUGGUGGCAGUUUCAUUUCGGGGGACAUGGUUAUGUUACUUUAUAAUUUCAGCAGUUUUCUGCAAGUAGGCUGGUGAUAAAAAAAAAUAACUCUUGGCAAAUAAUAUUUGACAAGAGGCAAAAAGGGGCAGAAAUGGGAGUAGGAAGAGCUAUAGAGAACACAAGGUUUACCAGAUGUCAUCAUCUAAUCAUCAUCCACUUAACAUUUCUCUCCCUUGGCUUUUCUCCUCAAGCAUGAAAUAGAAUCUUUCUUUUGCUUUUAAUCUUAGCAUCUCAGGAUUCCAAAACAGCUGCCCAGAUGACUCCCUAAUAAUCCUGAAAGUAUCUGAAAAUAUUGGGAGUGGUUCUGUCAAUUUAGCCCGGAGAUCUUCAAAUGGGAAACUAUUGCCAUAGUUAGCUAUUUCUAACUUAUUCAGGUUCCAGUAAGAUUUACAGCACAAUCCUGUGCAUGCUUUCCGAGAUUCAUGUUAUAUUAAGUUCAGUGCAGCUUCCAAUUCCGUAAUUUUGUUUAGGAUUACAGCCUUGACAAAUGCUGGUUUAAAUUACAUCAGGAAAAGUGGAUGUGGUAGAUUAAACAUUAUAGGAAUUUGCAAGGAAAUCUAUGGUUGAAUCGGAGAAUUGAAUCAAACCAGGUAUAGAGGACUAUAAUGCUUAUGAUAGUUUCAUUUCAGGGUUCUUGCAAAUGUUCUCCGUUGUUUAAUGUUAGUCUGCUUCAAUUUCCCUCAAGGUUCUGUGCUGCUUCAUACCAAGCAUAUUUUCAUAAUACAAGUAAUUAAAAGAAUAGGAAAUGUAUAAUUCUUUUUUUAAAGUGCCUUAUUCAAUUGGGCAGAUUUUUAAAAAUGAUUGCAAAAACAAUGUGCUUCCUGCUCAUUCUCAUAUCUUGUGUAUCAUCUAUACAAAUUUAUGCAUAUUUAGCUAAUAAAUUUCUGUAAUAUGGUAGCAAUAUUAGAGAUGACCUUCUUAUAACAGAAAAUAUUUGUCUUGUUCUGCAUGAAAUGCAUUGUGACUAGGUUACUAUCUCAGUUGCUACCGCUAAUAUUAUUCUAUCUGUAUAAUCAGGUGGAAAUAUUUAUUUUACUGGGCUUAUAGGUCAUUUUAAUUACUAUUGAGUCUAAGAGGCAUAUAUACCUGACAUUUAUAAAUCAGAUUCAAACAUAUGAAUACAGUUAUAAAAUCAGAAACAUAUUAGUGUACAUAAAUACUAGGUGUAUUUAUUCUAGUAAUUUAAAAAAAAAACUUAACGAUUUUACAAUACCCCAACUGCAAAGGCCUGCUAAUCAGCCAAAUUUUAAUGGUCUUCUUAAAAGCCAAUAAAGUAAGAGCUAUUUGACUUUAUGGGGGAAUGUCUCUAUGUUCGUUAAAAAAAUAAAGAAAACUUCAGUGUUACAUACUCAAUAUAAAUAUGUAAAUAAUUGCAGCAGCUACUUGCUUGUGCUAAGUAAGAAUCGGCAUUCAGGUGAUCAAAAAGGAAACUUGUAAAUUAGGAAAAAGUUGGUUUUCCUUCCCUGCUGAACUUCUCAGACAGCCAAAGCACUACAGAUAGACUAAAGAGAGAGAAAUAAAAUUGAUUGGUGGGGGGCGGGGGGAACCCAGACCCUUAAUAAGUUAGGAUGUUGCAUUUCUUCAUUUAGUGAGUUAUUGAUAUUGCAAAGGACUCCAUCUUUGGAAUGUGGCUGUCCUGUUUUCCAGCACUAAUUGCACUGUGAUUCUAGAGAUGAGCCCCAGUUAACCCUAGCAACUCUGAGCAGAAUUUAGAGGCACAUCUUGCUCUGAAACAUCAAUACGUCUAGCUAGUACAGGUAUUGUGUUAUAGAUUCCAAAACAUUUGGGACUGUAGAUUUGUAGUAAGUAGACUGGAAUAAAUUGAAUAUUACAAAAAGAUUAUAGGAAUCCAGUUCAGGAUGCAAAAGGCCUUUAAUAAAAGAAUGAAAUGGGGUCAGGAAGAAGAAGAAAAGAUGUGUGGUUUGAUUACGGGGGGGGGGAAGUUAACAGAAGACAAGUACUGACAGAUUAUAUUGAAAUAAAUAAUAUCAAAUCAUAACUGGAAUAAUCUACCUAUAGACAGCGCAAAGGACUGUGGUAGGCUAAUAUUUUGUUUGGCAUAUUAAUAAGUUGCAGAAGUACUUUACUCAAUGAUUCAUCAUAUGCUCCAGUUUUAUGGAUGUGAAUGCAGUACUAUAUUUUUGUGGCGUUAUCACCGAUGUUUGGAGCAUAGCCAUUUGCAAUGAAUAUAAAAUAGUAUCAUUUUCUAUUUUUGCCAUAUACAUAUAUAGUUAUUUAUGGGCAGCUUGAUAAAUUGCAUGAAUCCUAUUUUUGUUUACCAAAACAAGCCAUUAUGCAAAAAAAAUAAAAAAAACAUAAAGCCAACUUCACCCUACAGUAUUCCAUGGAACAAAUCUUAACUUUUCUCCACUCUGAUGAUCUAGUUUGACUGAUGGAUUAUGAUGUUUUCAGAAUCCAAGAGGGUCUGAAAAGAGGCUUCUGCUUUAGUUGUGUUGCUUUCUUUGGGAUGUUACUGAGUCUUGUGUUUCAUAAAAAGAUUCUCUUACAGUGACCCUGAAUGCUAUCUGCAGGAUUCUGCUUUAUCUUUUAGUGGCCUGGAUAUGCUACUUGAAUAUUAAAUUACUGUAAAGUUCCAGGCUCCUUAUAAUGACUUAUAUAUACAUCUUUAGCUAACUUACAGGAAAUUUUCCAUUUAUCUGAAUGCCAUCUUUCUUGUUGGCUGAUUUGAGAAAUCCUCUGGCCUUUCACUGUGAUCCCUCAUUUCCUUUCGCAUUCAGGAUAGUUCUGUUAGUUGUGUAUCUCCCUUUUCUGAAACUCCUCAUCCUACUGUGUUGAAAUAUUUGACCUAUCACUGUGCUUUCCUCCCAUGCAGUAGUGCACUGUUUUGAUUCUUUUUCCAGAUAUAUGAACUAGACCCGUGAUGGCGAACCUAUGGCACACGUGCCAGGGAUGGCACACUGAGCCCUCUCUGUGGGCACACACGCCAUCGCCAGCUGCUCUUACAGGUUCCGUUGCAGUCAUGUGUGCCGGCCAGCUGCUCUCUUUUGGGUUCCGUCACGCGCAUGCACACCGGCCACCUGCUUUCUUCUGGGUUCUGGUGCUCCGGCGCACGUGCGCACACAUGCUCACACACACUCCAGUUUUGGCACUCAGUGCCGAAAAGGUUAACCAUCACUGAACCACACUGUCUUUUAAUAGACUACAUGGGCUUCUUUCAUACACCCCACUGGAAAUGUGCACACUGAGGUUGUGGAAAUGAAUAUACAAGAGCAGUAUAUGUACACAAACACACGUUAUAGGAUACAGAUACACAAAACAUGGAGUGAACUGUGGCUUCUUAUGACUGUAUCAUUUAUUGUAGAAGGUUGCUCUUGAACAUUUGAUUUUCAAAGAAUUCCUUACAAGGUCCACAGAAAGAAAAUAGGAUCAAAGAAGCAAAAUGCUUGCCUUUUGUCAAACGAGAAAAAUCUGUAUUGCUCAGAACAGACAACUUGUAAGGCUAAGUUCCAAGAUGGCAGAAGAGAAGUACAUCUUUGUUAAUAGACAUCUUACAAAAUUUCCAGCACAUGUAGAUUAAGGUAUUCUAGAUAAAAUUCUGAUAAGCCAGAAAUCUGCUCUUGAUUCUACCACCCAAAUCUGUCCUUUUUCUCUUCUUUAUAGUUCUAGAUUUAUCUCACCUUGUCUUUGAAUGUGCUUGCUUUCUGCCCAGUUGGAAGACCUUCAUCACUUUUCUCAUUUUUCUUCUGUACCCCCCUCUUCACUGGUGUGCUUCACUGUUUUGGGUGGCAGACUUGGAAAAUAGGUCAUAAAAGCACCAGUGCACCUUGAACCCUAGUGGUGCUGCUUGUAGUUUCAUUGUCUUUCCAUUGGUUUAGAUUUUCCAGCAAACCCUUGGCCUAAAUGCAGCUGACCCUCAAUCCUGUACUGGCACUAGGGUUUUUGAUAUAUUUGGCACUUUAACCCCUAGAAGCCAUUUCUUCUGCUAAUAGUACUAUAGCAAAAAGCUGCUUUAGGAGCGCAGUGUGGAUGCUUUCUUUUAUAGCCCUAUCCCUCUGAAUCCAAAGCAUUAAUGCCUUCAUAUUUAGCAUAGAGUAUAAUAUACUCCAGGUAGUGGGUAGGGCACCUAGGCCAUAUCUCUUAGUAGUGUGUGUGCCCCCUACUCCCAACCGAUUUUUUAAAAAGUGAUGCACAACAUUUAAACUUUUAUUUAAGGUGAAAAGACAUUCAAAUGACCUUAGGGACAUGGCCAGUAUAUUGUUUUUCCUCUGCCCGCUGAUGAUUCAAUGUAUAUUUUUGAUGUACCAUAUAAAUAUAUAUAUAUAUAUAUAUACACACAUAUACACACACACAUAUAUAUAUAUAUUAUAAAAAUGUUGAAAUAAAAGUAAAAAUAUUUUGAUAAUCAAAUCUCCUGUGUUGCUUGAUUGAUAAAUUCAAAUUGUUGGGCUAAAGAUCAACAUGUGCUAGAUUCAAGUCCAUCUUCGACCAUGGGAGUUCACUGAGGGAGUUUGAACAAGUCACUUUCAGCCCAAAAGGCCACUGUUUUAGAUAAAAUUAGGGAAGGAUAGUCCAUAAACUGCCUUGAACUACUGGAGGAAAUGUCAUAAACAUUUUAAUAAGAGGAAACAGCUGUCAGUUCUCUUGACAUGGUAGUGGAUAUAUCUGCAGUUCAUCUGCAGUUGCAUUGGACUGCAGGUUAAAAUGCCUUGGGAACUUUUCAAUGUCUUCAGCAGCUAGUGCAGUGAAACCAUUAUUACUAUUGGGAGUCUAUUACAUGAUUACAGCAGUGCACAAAUUUGAUCAAUAACAAUUAAUUUCAGAGCUUGCAUCUGUCACAAAAGGUCCAAGAGAAGUAUCUUUAUAAAAUGUACACAAGGCUCUUGAACCAAUACUUGACUAAAAGAAUACUGUAGCGAUGAAGGCCUGGUCCGCACAAAUCCUAGAUGAGAUAAAUGAAACUAUUCUUUGGUUUCCCAUUAAAAUUGUAUCUUCAUAAAAUAAAAUCUCUCUGGCUGUUGAAAACUAGUCAUAAUGAGGGAUUCUCCACUAACAUCCUUUUCAUCCCAGUUUAAUCUGUUAAUGACCUUUCUUGAGGUGGAGGGGAUAGAUCUUUAUUAUGAGCCACUUACAGACACAUCCAGUUGAGGCAUGCUUUAUUGAAUGCAAUACAUUUUGUUGUAUUUGCACAACACAUGCAAUCCAAACUAGACUUUGGCUUACUGCAACAAAAAUUCAACCAUAGAUUAAAAUAUAUAUAGGUUCAGCUAUAUAGCUAAAAAUAUAUAGGCAAAGUAUAUAGACCAAGACAGUUUUCCUCUGAAUUCUCUUCAGGAUGUUGCAUUUCCUCACAGUUAAGAGUCAGUGGGAAAGAAAUGACUUAUCAAUGCAGUAGAAAUUCUAUACAAUUUCGUUGCAGUGAACGAAAACUAUAGAAUAAAUUGACAGCUCCCAUUUAUUUCUAGUAGCCUUGUUUAGGAUAGGUUUUGGGUGCACUGCACUCUAUUUAAACAUGUACAUGAAUACCAAGGAAGAAAGCUCCAAAAUCAGUCCCUCGUAGCCCAAAGUUAUUUUACCAUGCAAAGAACUUAAUCUAUUGAACCCAGGCCUUGGAGCUAAGGCAGUUUGGAGUUCUUUUUAGAUUUGUAUUGUUAACAGACAAUGGAUAUCUUGACUGAUUCUUAUCAAAGUGAUACAUUGCGGGCCAGUCCACUGGUCAAUGUCUGAUCUCAUCAGUUUGCUACGUUUAGUCUCUAUAAACUCAGAUCUGUAUUUUCCAGAGUCCUUGAUGAUCUCUUUGUGGUCUUUGCUUAAGUUUGCAAUUGAUAAUCAUUAUACCUCUUACAGAAUAGAACACCAGAUCCCUACAUGCCAUCUUUGACCUUCUAGAGGCACCAAGAGAAGAUAAGCACGCAGAGGUAUUCUUGCUAUGUGCCCACACAAAUGCACACCAGCUGAGCUUUCCAUAAACUAGCUUGGCACACAGACAAAUGACAUGUUGCCUCAGCCAACUUUUUUUUAAUUGCGGCAUGUGUUUGCAAGUGAGAAAUGGUAGCUGGAAGGGAAGGACAUGUUUGUUCUUUAUUUGGCUCUUAAUUAUUUCCCCUCUACACACAAACACGUUUUUCCCAGUCUGGCUCCUCAAUCAGAAACAAAACUAAAAUGUUAUGAAAGAAAACUGGUAAUAAACAGGAAAAUCAAGUAUCUCCCACUGCCCCUUUAUUUCCUUCUGCAAUGUAUCUUUAUGCAAAUUAAUUUGUUCUCAUGGUUUCUCUAUGGUUUAGCUACAACGAGGUAAGUCACAUGAGUAUGUUGGGCAUUACUUCAGAAUAUAGUACAGGUAGUCCUCGAUGUAUAACCAUUGAUUUAGCGAUUGUUUGAAAUUACAAUAGCACUGAGAAAAGUGAUUUAUGACCAUUUUUCACAUUUACUACUACUGCAGCAUCCCCAUCUCCAGUCACAUGAUCAGAAUUUGGUCACUUUCACAUGUAUUUAUAAGGGUUGCAAUGUCCUGGGGUCACGUGAUCACCUUUUGCAAUCUUCUACUAAGUCAAUGGAGAAGUCAGAUGCACUUAAAUGUGUUACUAAGUUAAAAACUGCUGUGAUUCACUUAACUACUACAGCAAGAAAGGUUAUAAAAUGGGGCAAAACUCCUUAACUGUAUUGCUUAAUAAUGUAAAUUUUGGGCUCAAUUGUGGUUAUAAGUUGAGGAUUACCUGUAUUGCACUCUAACACAAUUUUUAUUCUUAUUCCAACAAUGAGUUGUAUUUGCUGACAUUGUGGCAUUUAUAGUUUAAUAGACAUUUUUCUUUAAUAUUCCUUUUGCAAAUACGUAAGAUAUUUUUUUAAAGGUUUAUUUUCUUUCACAAAGACCUUAAAUGGAAAAUAAUUAUCUUUGAAUUUUUCAACAACAAAUAUUUUGUCUAUAACCAUAACUUUAUUAAAAUAAUUACAAUGCCAUUUUUGUCCAAUUUAAAUCUUUCUGUUUAAAUUAUCUUCCCAAUCCUCUCUCCCUAAUCUACAUUGGAAAAACUGGAAAAACUGGAAAAAUAAUUAUAUUUACAUUGAUGUUGGAAAGCUAAAAUACAUUUUUUAAUUUAUUGGUGUCAUCUAUUCUGACUGGGACACUGUGUUCUGUAUUGUAUUCAAUAAAAGUUAAUAUUACACAAACAAUUCA